CGAUGAUCAAAAUGGGUUUGUUGGAUGAAGAAUGCAAAACUAAAAAAUACAUGACUUGAUUUAUCCAAAGACAUAUAGUCAAGGGACUAGUUUUGUAAGUUACUCAUCAGAUUUUUGACUUUUGAGGAUUAACGUAAUCUUUAGACCUCCGUGUGCAAUUAAUUGGUUAUCCUGUCUACUUUUCACGUUGUCGUCGUUCUUUCGAUCGAAAGUUCGAAACACUAGUUGUAAAACCCUAAAUUUCGAACCAGUUGCAGCAGAAUUUAUGGGAGACGAACAGAAGCAGAUAAUAUAUCAUGAAAAACAGAAGUUACAGUUUUGCCUCUUACACUCUCUCAACAAUCUCUUCCAGGAGAAGGAUGCGUUUACAAGAAAAGAUUUGGAUGAUAUAGCUGAAAAACUUGUUAAAGAAGAUCCAUAUGAAGGAAACCGGAUGCCUUUCUCAGUUAUCUUCAAGCCGCAUCAUAAUUCACUAACAGGUAAAUUAAUGGGGAUUGUGCUAAAUGUUCCUGUAAGAAAGUAUGGUGGUCUUUGGAGAAGUAGACAUUGGGUUUCUUUGAGAAGGAUUAAUGGGAUUUGGUAUAACUUAGAUAGUGAUUUUACAUCUCCUUGUUCAUUUGGAAGCACUGAAGAAUUAAGGGAUUUCUUGGAUGCUGCCAUUGAUGGUGGUACUGAGCUACUUCUUGUUAAAGAUGAUGACUAG